GAGAGCAACAGAAGCUUUUCUCUUCUCCACCCUCCAAAACCAAAACCCAAGACACUCACAACAGAAGAAGCUCAAUCCAAUUUGCAAUGGCGGUUUCUUCAAUUUCCGCAACCCUAAUUCCUUCUCUUCCUCUCUCCAAUUCCUCUCCAUUUCCUUCCUCUAUACCCAAGCUCUCUUCUUUCUCUUUUCCCGCUUCCCACAAUGCCACAAAGCUUCGAGCUUUGAGACCCUCACUGUCUUCCACUAGGGUUUAUGCUGCUCCUGAAGUCCUUGACAGCCCAGUACCGCCUCCGGAAAUCCUUGAAGGGCCUAAUUCCGAUGAGACUCCGAGCACUUCGUCACUCAGCAUUGGCGGGGAUGAUAAGAUAACACCGAAGCAGAAGAUUAGGAUUAAGCUUAGAUCAUACUUUGUGCCUCUGAUAGAGGAUUCUUGCAAGCAGAUAAUGGAUGCUGCAAGGAAUACAAAUGCAAAGACUAUGGGUCCUGUGCCCUUACCAACCAAAAAGCGGAUCUACUGUGUUCUGAAAUCACCCCAUGUCCACAAGGAUGCAAGGUUCCAUUUUGAGAUCCGUACCCACCAGCGGCUUAUUGACAUUCUUUACCCAACAGCCCAAACAAUUGAUUCCUUGAUGCAACUUGACCUUCCUGCUGGAGUCGAUGUGGAGGUCAAGCUGUGAAGAAGCAGGGGGCAGCUUAGGUGCUGUUUUACAAGUAAAAGCAUUUGAAGGAGGAUUCAAUGGUUCACAAUCAAUUUGUGGAGGGUGACAAACCUUGAGCGUUUUCUGAUAGUUUGACCCUUUACUAAACUUGUUGUGUUUUGGCCAUGUUGUAAGCAAUGUUAUGGGAUAAUUGAACUACCGAUUUUGGAUUUGGAAAUGAAUUGUAGAGAUUGGCAGUAGUUUAUAUCCUUGCAUAUGUUCAGUUUUCACUUUAAAGACAUGUUUGAACUUCGUAAGUCACCGUAAAAUGUAACGUCAGUAGUAAAUUAUAAUC